UCCUCACCCCACCCAGCUGCCUUGCCUCAAUUUCUAAUCCCCCCUCCCGGAGCCCAAACCCUAAACCUAAACCUCUCACCCCCCGCCGCCGCCAGCACCGCUUUCGCCGCCGCCGCGAUUCCCCUCCCAGCCGCCGACGUCCCCCGCCUCGGAUCGAAGCAAUGUCGUCGGACGAUGAGGUCCGGGAGGAGAAGGAGCUCGACCUCUCAUCCAAUGACGUCGUCACCAAGUAUAAGGCCGCCGCCGAAAUCCUCAACAGCGCUCUGAAGCUGGUUGUAUCUGAAUGCAAGCCGAAAGCCAAGAUUGUUGACCUUUGUGAGAAGGGCGACGCUUUUAUUAGAGAGCAAACUGGGAAUGUCUACAAGAAUGCAAAGAGGAAGAUUGAAAGGGGCAUUGCUUUCCCAACUUGUGUAUCUGUGAACAACACAGUCUGCCAUUUCUCACCACUUGCCACUGAUGAGGCAGUUCUGGAAGAAAAUGAUAUGGUUAAAAUAGAUAUGGGCUGCCAUAUUGAUGGUUUUAUUGCUGUGGUGGCUCAUACUCAUGUAAUUACAAACGGGCCCGUCACUGGAAGAGCAGCUGAUGUUCUUGCUGCUGCCAACACUGCAGCAGAAGUUGCAAUGAGGCUUGUGAGACCUGGGAAGAAGAACAAGGAUGUUACUGAAGCAAUCCAGAAAGUUGCUUCUGCUUAUGAUUGUAAAAUUGUGGAAGGUGUUCUUAGCCAUCAGCUGAAACAAUUUGUCAUUGAUGGUAACAAAGUUGUUCUCAGUGUCUCUAAUGCUGAUACUAAGGUGGAUGAUGCUGAAUUUGAAGAAAAUGAAGUAUAUGCAAUUGAUAUCGUCACCAGCACUGGGGAGGGAAAGCCAAAGUUAUUGGAUGAGAAGCAGACCACCAUCUACAAAAGGGCUGUAGACAAGAAUUAUCACUUGAAGAUGAAAGCAUCAAGGUUUAUUUUCAGUGAGAUCAGCCAGAAGUUCCCGAUCAUGCCUUUUACCGCUAGGGCAUUGGAAGAGAAGCGCGCACGCUUAGGCUUGGUGGAAUGUAUGAACCAUGAGCUAUUGCAGCCAUACCCAGUACUUCAUGAGAAGCCAGGUGAUCUUGUUGCGCACAUAAAAUUCACCGUGCUGUUGAUGCCCAAUGGAUCGGAUAAGAUUACAUCACAUCCGCUACAGGAGUUACAGCCCACAAAAUCCAUUGAAGACAAUGCUGAGAUAAAGGCAUGGCUUGCUUUGGGGACGAAAUCAAAGAAGAAGGGUGGUGGAAAGAAGAAAAAAGGCAAGAAAGGAGAUACAGCAGAGCCUAUGGAGGAGGCAACAAAUGGUGCUCCAAGCCAAGAAUAAUUCUGAUUUUUGGAAUUGCUACAUCUAGUUUUGUUCAUGUUUCUUUGCUGCAUCUGAUGGUGUUAUAUUACAUUCAGUUGUGGAAAAAUUGAGUACUGUUUCAAGUGUCUAAGAAAUGACGCAUCCCGCUGCACAUUAUCGCAUCUAAUGACACAGAUAAUUAUCUA